ACUGCCCAGCCGCCGACUAAGUUGCAUUCCUUGAAUCUUCUUCGCAGGCAAUAAAAAAAAAAAAGACAAUUCUUUCAUCAGAGUUAGUAAUGUGGACAGUACAAAAUCGGGAGCGUUUGGGGCUUCUCUCUUUCCCUGUGAUGAUUGCCAUGGUCUGUUGUGCACACAGCGCCAACGAACCCAGCAACAUGUCAUACGUGAAGGAGACGGUGGACCGGCUGCUCAAGGGCUAUGACAUCCGCUUGCGGCCGGACUUCGGAGGGCCCCCCGUGGACGUCGGGAUGCGGAUCGAUGUGGCCAGCAUAGAUAUGGUCUCCGAAGUGAACAUGGAUUAUACACUCACCAUGUACUUCCAGCAGUCUUGGAAAGACAAAAGGCUCUCUUAUUCUGGAAUCCCACUAAACCUUACCCUGGACAACAGGGUGGCUGACCAACUCUGGGUUCCUGACACCUACUUUCUGAAUGACAAGAAGUCAUUUGUACAUGGAGUGACAGUGAAAAACCGAAUGAUCCGACUGCAUCCUGAUGGGACUGUUCUCUAUGGACUCCGGAUCACAACUACAGCUGCUUGUAUGAUGGACCUUCGAAGAUACCCUCUGGAUGAGCAAAACUGCACCCUGGAGAUUGAAAGUUAUGGCUACACCACAGAUGACAUCGAGUUUUACUGGAAUGGAGGAGAGGGAGCGGUAACUGGAGUUAAUAAAAUCGAACUUCCUCAGUUUUCAAUUGUUGAUUACAAGAUGGUGUCCAAGAAGGUAGAGUUUACAACAGGAGCCUAUCCACGGCUGUCACUGAGUUUUCGUCUAAAGAGAAACAUUGGUUACUUCAUUCUACAAACCUACAUGCCUUCUACCCUGAUUACAAUUCUGUCCUGGGUUUCUUUUUGGAUCAACUAUGAUGCAUCUGCAGCCAGAGUUGCACUAGGAAUCACCACAGUGCUGACAAUGACAACCAUCAGUACCCACCUCAGGGAGACCCUGCCAAAGAUCCCUUACGUCAAAGCAAUCGAUAUUUACCUGAUGGGUUGCUUUGUGUUUGUGUUCUUGGCUCUGUUGGAAUAUGCCUUUGUCAAUUAUAUAUUCUUUGGAAAAGGCCCUCAGAAAAAGGGAGCUGGCAAGCAAGACCAGAGUGCGAAUGAGAAGAACAAACUGGAGAUGAAUAAAGUCCAGGUGGACGCCCAUGGCAACAUUCUCCUCAGCACCCUGGAGAUCAGGAACGAGACGAGCGGCUCAGAAGUGCUCACGGGCGUGAGCGACCCCAAGGCCACCAUGUAUUCGUACGACAGUGCCAGCAUCCAGUACCGCAAACCGCUGAGCAGCAGGGAGGGGUACGGGCGCGCGCUGGACCGGCACGCGGUGCCCAGCAAGGGCCGCAUCCGCAGGCGCGCCUCCCAGCUCAAAGUCAAAAUCCCGGACUUGACUGAUGUGAACUCCAUUGACAAGUGGUCCCGAAUGUUUUUCCCCAUUACCUUUUCUCUCUUCAAUGUCGUCUACUGGCUUUACUAUGUACACUAAGAUCUGCCCAAUGGUUUGGUUGAGACUACUUUUUCUUCUCUUGUUUAUUAACCCCACAGGUCCCAACAGCGAUACUGCUGUGCUUUUUGAGGUAAGAGAUUCAGCCAUCCAAUUGGUUUUUGAGUCUUGCAUAUCGAUUUUAUUAUUACACCGUGUUUACUUCAAAAACAA